UGCGCGGAUUGCCAGCGUGACACCUCUUUUGUUCCCCCCAUUCAUAGGGGCUGUCGACAGAACGAGCGUGAACCGAGCGCUCGGUGCGACGCGGUCUCGUUCAAACAUGCUACUGGCCCUUUAAAAACAUGCGACUGGCCCUUUAAGGACUCUGCAGCGAGACGAGUGUGCGCGCCGCUGCGCUCGCGUUGCCUGCCGUCCUCAUCAUGGCCUCCGUGCAGCCGCCACCACCGAGCAUGAACCGACCGGCCGGCGGCCCUGCCCUUCCCCGAGCGGAGACCGACGUCAAACCGAAGCAGAGGCACCGGUAGAGGAGGAGCGCGCCGGGGGGAAAGCCGCCUCAUGCCACCCCGGUCUCCUCCAUGUCUUCGCCUCGAGCCGCGUUCAGCCAUUUGAUAAAGAGGGCUGCGAAACCGGGCGGCGCGGGCGGCGAGGGCGGCGGCGGCGGCGGCGGCGGCGGAACCAUGAACACGAACAGGGAUUACAACAUUAAUCUAUCGGUGCAGCAGGUGCUGAGCCUAUGGGUGCAGGGCUCGACGCUGCAACACUUCACAGAGAUGUGGUACUGGGUGUUCCUCUGGUGUCUCUUCUCCUCGCUCUUCGUGCACGGCGGUGUGGGCCUGCUCAUGUUGGUCAUGCUGCAGCGACACCGCAGGGGGCGAAUCAUCACCGUGGUGAUGGUCAGCGUAGGCUUCCUGGCCUCCCUCUCCGGUGGGGUCGUCACCAGCGCGGCGGUGGCGGGGGUGUACCGCGUGGCGGGAAAGGACAUGGCGCCACUGGAGGCCCUGGUGCUGGGCGUGGGCCAGACCACCUUCUCCGUCAUCAUCUCCUUCUCCCGCAUCCUGGCCACGCUCUGAAGCAGCCCACACACACCCGGCGGACCAAUCACGGAGGAGCCCAGGGACCGGACCCCCGACCCCCUUCUCCCCUACGCCCUCGCUCCGUCGGAGGAGGGGGGCAGCGAGGAGGGUCGACCGGGAUCGACCGGCCGAUGGCGGACUUAAAGGAGGCUCGGGGGUAGCGGAGGACGGGAAGUGGCUUGAGAUACGCCAUAAGGCACGAUCGCCGGAAUGGCGUGUUUGGGGGGUUGGCGGCGGGAUGGAGCCCCCCCACCCUAGUGUCUCCGCUUUGGUGUUACAGCCACAAAAUGAGCCCCUUGUCAACGAUCGGGGGGGGGGGGGGAGACUGCUAUCUGUGGCGUCCGUGGCCAGAGUCAAACUAGCAUCUCUCUGGUCGAUGUGCCAUUCCUAAAGACAUACAGAUACUUUGUGGUCGACGCCACUGACUCUUAAAGGUGUUCUGUUGCACAUGUUGGAAAACCACUAUAAACAGAGGAGACGAAGAGCAUGAGGAAGAUGAAGGUGAUUGUGGGGGUCCUGGGGGGGGUCCUUUGGGGGAUCCCCCCCCCCAGUGGAUCAAAAUGCACUUUAGGUGCCACUGCGACCACGAAUAAUCCCAGCGAUGAAAGGUCAGGAGACGUGAGAACAACGUUAACAAAUAUUCAUCAGCAAGACGGCCUUCCCCUUAUUACGAUCACCCCUCCCUCUCUGGGUGAUACAGCAUACCUACGUUACCAACCCUCGAACGAACCCACCAAUCAGCCGCUCCGCAGUGCCAUACGGCGUCCAAUCCAAACUUUUCAACUGCCUGACGCGAGGCGGCUGGGUUUGAGAACCAGCGAGGAGGAGGCCCAGUCAGUCCGGUCCACAUUCAGUUUGUGUCUCAAUAUCAAGGAUGCAUCAUAUGAUGUGCCAAUAUGUACUGCAGGCAUGAAACACGGUCACCAUCAAUGCGUUGGGUUCAUUACUAAUAUUCUCCUUUAGAGAGGCCAGGUCACCUCGCCCAUGUCCGCACUAAUGUGGAUAGAUUUGAAAACGCUUUUUAGUCCCAUCACUUCCAUCCGCACUUAAAUAGUGUUUUAAUGAAUCUGCCUGAUGGAUCCAUUUGAAGGUACCGGCAACACGUUGUAGUGUAGCUGGGGGGAAGUCCCUGUAGUAUGACUGUGACGUUGUCCAGACAUUGCUGGCCUGAUGAAGUGGUCUGGGCAUGCGCAUGAGAAGGCAUGAACUGAAAUGGAUGGGGAAAUCCCUGUCUGAUUGGGGAUGGACAGUGUUGGGGAAAAACACUAGUGUGGAUGGAAAACCCUUUACUUAAGGUAGAGUUAUGGUUGGACGUCGACGCAACGCAAAGGGGGUUUACGGACCCAUACGUCCUUACGGCCGUAUCCACCGCAAGGGCCGGACGUAAGCCUCCCAAAAAUUGUAACCUUGCGUCGAGGCGAGGCAGAAGCAAGGGCUGUGAUUGGACCGCUAACGUAAACCUGACCAACAACCGAAACAGGUCCAUGACUGCGUCGAAGCGACAUUGCGUUGUGUCAACUCCCAACCCUCCCUCUACGUUGAGCCGGCGAUAGUGUGGGUCUGGCCUAGGGUGGAUGUCCUUUGAGGUUUGGAGGUGUGGAGUACAGGGUUGGAGUGGUGCGACAAAUGGUGUGUAGAGGGAAUGGAGUGGAGGGAGCGUAGCCCUUGUUUAUUUUAGUGCGGUGCUGCUUGAGCUGAAACCUUGACGUGCUUUUUUAUUUUUUAUUUCCAAACAGAAAGUGUGAAGUCUGGAGUGAGUGCAGAUUUUACAACAGGGUCGGGAAUCUUGGCCCCCAUCUUGGAUCGUGGCAUGCUGUUGUUAACAGCGUCCCGGUGGCUGCGAAGCCAUCUUGGAUCUGAGCAUGCUGUUGAUAUAGGAGAAGGUCAAACCCAUUAUGCUGCUUUGCCUUUUUUUCAAAAUAUCCCCCAAUUGUUUUUUAAUGUCGUUUUUUGUGCGUCACCAACCUAAUCGUACCUGUGCUUCUUAAGUUUGACAUUUUGCACUGAGACGUACCGGCCUUUGUUUGGGACCAGUGUGUAGUGAUGCUGUCUAGGCUUGAGCCCACUUCUUACACCGUCCUUCCUCAUUGACAUGCAAGGUAGUACAACUUAGGUCAUCAUUAUAUCCCAUAAUAAUGUCUAUUCAUUUAAUAAGCUUCAUUGGUUAUGACAAAGGCAUUAACUAUAUAUUUACUCUAUAUCUGUGAGGAUUGACAUGCCUGUAACAGUACUCGUUUCUGGUGUUGAAUACCUCGAGAUACUGACUUUUAUUAAUUUUUAACUUUCUGGUUAAGUUGCUUUGACUUGCGCCCUACUACCUACACCUAGUCUAACAAACUAGGCAGUCCCCAGAAUGCAGGUUAGGUUUAUUAUGCCAAAGUUCUUUCUCACAUCCUAGCUUUACUGUCUUGCUUGUUUGAUUGUUAUCCCUGCCGAGAAUGAGUUCUAUGAAUUUCGUUUGAAAAUGUUUGUUUUGCACAAUACUAGCAUGGGGGUGAAAUGGCACCCAGACCUGACCUGUUUUUAAGUUUAUUUCACUGUAAUUUCUGUGACAUUUUCUUACAGAAUAGGUAUGAUAUUUGCAAGCUUUGCGCGUGUGUGUGUGUUGUGAGUUGUAACUGUACAGGCAAUUGCCGUGCGUGUAUUUGAUUGGGUUAUGUAAUUGACACAACUCACCUUCAGUACCAGUUCAGCACACAGGAGGGCAGUAUUCCAUUGAUUAAACUGCAAAAGUAGUCGGGACCGAAAUUAAGAUUGUGAGCUUGAAAUGAUUCAAAAUUGGUGUUCUGAGCAGAUUUUCAUUUGAAAGAAUGUGAUUUGUUUAUUUUACGUUUGUUUAACGCCCUCAUGUCUGCACAUAAACAACACUGGGUUUCAUUUGAAUGUUUUGGCUCAAUUUCAGGGACCAAAUGUGAGUUAUCUUGGAUGACUCAUCUGUCGUCACAGAAACAAUAUCUAUGUAAAACUGUGUUCGACAGUUGCUGCAUAUAUGGUUCGUAGAUGUUGUGAAACUUGUAUUUCCCCCCUGUAUUCGAUGUUUGGUGUGAUUGUGCAUGUGAGUAAUACUAGCAUUAUGUUUGGUCUAAUUUAAUUUUUAUUCUUGAGUGUUUAAUCAAGAGACCAAGGACCUAAUUUAAAGCAGAGAUGGUUUAACUUCCACGUUUUAGAAAAUAAAAGUCCCUAGAGUAUUAGAGCCAUCAUUUGGGAUUGCUGAGGUAACAAACAAACAUGGCAGGAAUUUUCCCUGAAUUUGGAGUUGUCCACCUUUGCCUUAAACUGAAUAAUGGAUACUUGGAAUAUUAUGUUAAAGUCAGACAUCAUUUUGUUAUAGAUGUCCGUUACCACUAUUUCUGAGCUUUUUUGGAAUUAAUUUCUCUCCAAACAGAUUCCCAAGCAAUUGUUAAUAAAUUGUUAGCUGUAUCUUGUUAAAGCCCCCACCGUUUGACAGUAUGCUAACAAACUGUCUUGUAAAUACUCUGAGGUAUACUAAGAGGCAAUGUAGCCUAGCUGACAAACCACAGCAAAUUUAACCUUCAGACUAUGUGUUUGUGUUCGAAUUGGAAUUAUUUGAGUUGGGUUACCUGCUUUCAGACUCCUUGAUCAUGCCAUCGUGAAAAAUGGAUUGGAUAUUUACGUUUUGUACGCAGUACCGACACGGCGCACGAAUCAACGAAUACAAACCGUAACCAGGCUUUUUGGAUGGGCACCCGUCAGCAACUAGGAAGACUCCCGCCUCAAUAACCAAUCCCCCAUAGUCUUUUAACUAACACUGCCCCCUUCAGGACAUUGUUGUUGUUCCCCCUCAUUUGAUUGCAUGCGCAAUACAACUCUGAUAAUAUGUGAACGGAUGUCAGACAAUCCAACGAGAGACAGUGUUUGAUUAGAAAAAGAAGAAAAAUUCUCCAAAGUGGCACUUGUAGAUAAUGUAUAAUAUAUUCUUUUUUUAAUUUUGUACCAGCUGAACGGCUGAUGUUUAUAACUAUUGCCUAUUUAUGUACAAAUUGUUCUCUCUGUACAUACUCAACUGUGCGUUGAAAUUAAAAAUGUUUUGCAGUAACAAUUUCAA